AUGAAUGGGUAUUCAAAGAUAAAGCUGAUGAACAGAAGCAACAAAUCAAGAUCCAUGGAUUUCACAGAUCAAACAAUCCUAACUCCAAGAAUCCAGAAACCCAUUUCAAUCAACAAAUCAACCAUCACCACCACUCACCAACAACCGAAAAAACCAGAUCGUUAUAAUGAUGAUGAUGAUGAUUAUAAGCAAUAUUCCGGUAAUCAUCAAGAAGAAGAUGCCAACUUUCCAAUGAAAAUGCUGACCAGAAACAGGUCAGUUGCUUCUGGUGGUACUACUGCUAAUGCAAACGGUACAAGCACUCUUAGUAGCAGAUUCAAGAUCGAGAAACAGAACAGUACAGGAAGAGCAUUGCAGACAGCAGUGACAAGAGCUUUUUCAAUCAGAAGAUCUUCAUCUGUGUCUGAAAGGUAUGCCAGGAUCCACGAUCAGUAUGCAAAUCCACUUGAUGAUGUUGAUCAUUUUGAAGCACAAGAACAAGAACGAGGAGAAGAUUUACAUAUGGGAAUAUUUAAGAAGAAAAAGAGCAGGGGAAGUAUACUGAAAACUUACUUUGUUUAUCAGUAG